GAGAAAUAUGAGAAGUGUGGCUGUGCUUUAGCUGAGUCUGAUAUUUUUCUGACCAGAGGAAGAAGAAGCGAUGGGUCUCGUCCUAAUUUCUUCUUGUCCCGCACCGUCCUCCCUCGUCCUCGUCUCUCGGCUUCACCAGUUCUCUGCCGGAAUAAAAAACAGUGCAAUUUCGCUCAAUCAUCAAGUUUCUCCUACCCGUAAACCCUUAGUUGCGAAACCAUGUUGUUUCAAUCUUCCUCAAGAACCUAUCCUCUCGGAGGCUCUCAAGGAGCCAAUUGCAUUUGUGGGUGGGGUGUUUGCUGGACUACUUAGACUGGAUCUAAAUGAUGAACCGCUCAAGGAAUGGGUGACGCGAACUGUUAAAGCUUCUGGUAUUACAGACGAGGAUAUUGGUGGAUAUGGGAUGGCAUCUAAUGAAGAAGAAUCUCCUCAACAGAUUGAGAUUGAAUGAGGUCAUUGUCCUUUAAUAUGGUUGCCCUUGUGUAUGUGUAUGUUUAUGUGCUAGAAACAUAAACCCAAAGAAGAUUGUGCUCUUAGAAAAACCAAGGCUUGAUUGACAUCUUGCUCUAUGUAUCUUAAUUAAAUGAUGAAAACACUAAUAAGAGAGUGGCCAUCUUAUAAUAGAACAGAAAGAUAUUACAUUUACGUUCA